AUGUUCACUGCGGUUCGAGAUAAGGAGAUCCCGCGGGACAAACGGGGGCACCCCAUUACUAAUGGAGCUGAGGGUGUCCUGAAAACAAAGAAGAAAGACGGGAAGACCGUGGAGCUCCAGAGGUUUAUCUCUAUCCUGUGCCCCACUAAUGAUGCUAUGAGGUUGCUUCCGGGGGCUCAGGAUACCUUGCCGUACAUUGGCCAGCUCACGGCGAGGAUGGUAGAGAAGGACUCGUACCUUGUUUUGGACAGCGAGGAUUUCCAGUCGACUUUCAACUUAUUCAAGAUGCCUCUCCGUUGGGCUGGUUUCUUUGCCUUCGCUAAGAAGGUCCGAGGAGAUGCCCUGGGCCUUUCUCGUGACGCGGAGGUCCGGUCGGGACUCACCGUGGUCCUAAUGGUAUGGACCUCGGUUGUCACCUUGAUCCAAGCGGCGAUCCGGUUCAUUUCCUAUGAUAUUGGUAAGGUGCCCAGCCUGGGGGAUAUGAGGAAGGACCGUCCGAUCUCGGAAACCGACGCCCAGACGGUGCUGUACUACGAUAACUUUGAUGAGUUGAGGCACCUGAAGAAGGAGAUCCUCAGCGAGGCACUGGACGGAACCCUCCAAGGAGGAGAAGUGCUUGGGAAAGAGCGCAUUCUCAGGCAUGCCUACGAAAAGUCGCGGGAACUCACUGAUAUGGGCCUUGGGCUGCUCUCCAUAGAGAUGAAAGAUGAGUUCUGCUUAAGGCACUGGACUGGAAAAGCCGCUUUCGCGGCGGCCUUCAAGCGACCUAUGUUCUCGAUCCUUCAAGAGGGGGCUGCUCUAUUGCCACAAGGACAAAUCGCUUUUGUUGCCCCUGCCUAUGGAGGACACCGGCGUGUGCGGGGUGUGCUAAAGGGAGUUGGAUAUGCCGGACCUCCGGAAAUAUCCUUGCCCACGCCAGUGUGGGCUGAAGCUCUGCUCCCUCAGGUGCUCCAGAGGCCAUGGCUAAGAGUACUGUCGGAAAUGGUGGCACGUUCCGGCUUCUCUCUGUCCAAGGCGGCAGGGCUCAAGGGCAUCGAGACUCAAGAGCCGAUGGACUAUGGUGUUCCUGGGGACCGCUGGGAUUUCAAGACCGAUUUCGGGAAGGCCCGCUUGGAAGAGGAAGAGGAUGAUGGGGAUCUCAUGGGGACCCACUGGGCUCCAGAUAGGUUCACGUUCUGCCGGAUAAGAAGACGGGGAUUUUGGAACGACCGGCACCAGUGGGACCACGGUCUCCCUGCUCUCCGUUCCCAUCGGUUUUCGGAAGGCCUCUCGCAGCUUCGGCGGCAGGAUAAUGUUGCCGUCAGGCAGGCUAACGCCAUGGCCAAGCGAGCAGCAGCGACGCGAUACCUCCAGGACGCUACAGCUGUGGAUUGGGCUGUCACACAGUGUGUCAAAUUCCUGGAUAGCAUGGAUUCAGGUCAGGUUGACAGACCGGGGCAACGAUAUGGCUGGGAGCCGGCCUGGACCGUACGCUGCCUUCCGAUGGCUGUGGCGGGAUGUGCUUUCAUACAAAUGGAAGCAGUCGCAGCACAUCAAUGUCCUGGAGCUCACGGCGUUCUUGGCCGAGCUCAGAAGACGGUCCAGGGACCAGGCGCAACAUGGAAGCGAUUCUUCUGCAUCGUGGACUCCCUCGUCACUUUCUACGUGCUCGGAAAAGGGAGGAGCUCCUCCAAGCGGCUGAACCGCAUCUGCCGUCGCAUCACCGCAAUCUCCUUGGCAACUGGCUUGAUACCCAUCACCUUGUGGACGAUCAGCAAGUGGAACUUCUCAGAUGGUGCGUCACGGCCCCACCUUUUGACUUCGCAGCUGUUCCUUCGAAAUUGGCACCGGGUUCAUAUGCCAAAGCGGACCUCUCCCAUUUCUUGGUUGGGGGCCAAAGCUAUGGCCGCAGCAGCUGCUCAGCUCAAAAGGUUUGACCUAGCCUUGCUGGUUUUUCUGGACUUUGCCUUUUUCCUGCGGGCCAUGGAACUCUUGAAUCUCAGCACUUCGCAUGUGCGCCUUUUUCCUGAAGAAGGAACAGUGGUGGCGGCAAUCUUGGGAGCAAAAACCUCAAAAGGACUUCAGCAGUCUUUGUCCCUCCGUGACCCCUCGCUGGUUCGAGUUCUGCAAUUUUUGAUGGACCGAGUACGCCCGAGAGAUCGCAUUUAUUCAAAAUCAGUCUCUACCUUUCGGCUGGAGUUUUCUUCUCUGGUCACAGCAAUUGGCCUGGAUCCGGCCGACUAUUUGCCAUACUGCCUUCGCAGGGGUGGUGCUACUUGGUUCUACCAACAGCAUGGCCUUGGCCGCACAGUCAUACAAGGUCGGUGGAAGGACCAAAAUACUGCUCGCAUCUAUGUGGAUGAUGCAAGGGCCAUCCUCAUUCAGCUUCUUCUCCCCGCCCGCGUCACCGCCCGUCAAACCUAUUUGGCUUCUUUUUGGCGCGUGGCUUCGCCAGAGGGCUAG